ACCUCAACAGAUAGCGCGACAGUAAAAUAUCACAUUCUUUAUUCAAUUUUCUAUUCUUCAAAAUAAUAUAGUUUUAUUAAAUAUAGUUUUAUUAAAAUCCAGCAUGUGGCACAUGGUUGAUAAACAAGUGUUCAUUCAAAUUAAAGAAACGAAAGUGGACAAAAUAUAAUAUAAAUUAAAUGGAUGUACAGUAUAAAACAAUCCAUCCUGUAAAGUAUUUACAGGAUCAUCUUGAGCAAAGCAUUCGGCCAGAUGGUAGAAAGUUCUUGUCAUUUCGGCCAGUAAGCGUGAACGUCUCGUCAAUUGUUCAGGCAGAUAGUUCAGCGAUUUUCAAAUUGGGCAACACUACUGCAGUUUGUGGUAUUAAAGCUGAAUUGGCGACACCAAAAGUGGACACUCCAGAUCAUGGUUAUGUAGUGCCAAAUGUGGAAUUGUCUCCUCUGUGUUCCUCAAGGUUCCGUCCAGGCCCGCCUGGUGAACAGGCACAAGUCCUUUCCAAGUGCAUAGACGUCAUAUUGAACAAUUCAGCCGCGCUUGACUUGAAGGAUCUCUGCAUUUGCAAAAGCAAAUUAGUAUGGGUCUUGUAUUGCGAUAUUUUGUGUCUAAAUUACAACGGCUCAGUUCUAGACGUUUGUACCGGAGCAAUAAUGGCAGCUUUUAAAACGUUGGCCCUGCCUGAAGUGAACUAUAAUAAGGAAACGGGAGUGAUUGUUGUGCAUCCAAAAAAGAAAAUUCCAUUUACCGUAAGAACGCUUCCAGUUUCUGUUUCGUUUGCGAUAUUUGACAGGCAACUACUGAUAACUGAUCCUACGGAUGACGAAGAGGAUUUAGCUUCAGGAAAAUUCUCUAUUGCGAUAGACGACGAAGAUAACUUUUGUUACGUGCAUAAACCUGGUGGAAUCCCAAUUUCCGCGAAUUUAUUUUCCAAAGGAUUGGAAAUGGCAAGAACAAGAGCAAAAUCAGUUAGAUCAGUAAUUAACGCUGCUAUUUCGACGCUUGCAGUGCACGAUAUGGAAACAGAUACGUAAAUAUUUUUCAUAAAUAAAAUAAUAUCCAUUUUAUAUAUCAUGAUUUACAUUAUACAUCCAUUUUUUACAUUAUAAUAUCUGUACCAUAUUCACAUACACGUUACAUAUUUGUGUAAAAAGUAUAUGUAUAAAGAAAACUGCAAGUGAGACAAUAUAAAAGAGGGAAAUUAACUG